AUGGAGCUCAUCAGAUUGAUAAAGGAGUUUAAGGAUGUUUUUGCCUAUACAAUUGAGGAACUCGCUGGGAUCUGCGCAAGCAUCAUCGAGCACCGGUUAAACAUUGGCCUCAACGUUGGACCGGUGCGCCAGAAGAGGAGACACCAUGGGGCGGAGAUGGAUAAGGUGAUCGAGCAGAAGGUCGACAAACUACUGAGGGCAGGACAUGCAUGCCCCAAUGACCUCUAUCCACUACCAAACAUCGACCAGCUGGUUGACUCAACGGCGGGGUGUGAAUUACUGAGCUUGAUGGAUACGUCACAAGGUUAUCACCAAAUUUUGUUGGCGAGAGAAGAUCGAAAGAGUCAGUUUUGUGAUGAGCACGGGAACGUAUUGCUACUAGUCAUGCCUUUCGGCCUGAAAAAUGCAGAACAGUUAGGUCGAAAUAUGGAAGUAUAUGUGGAUGACAUGUUGGUCAAAAGUAGACUAAAGGUUGACCAUGUGACAAACUUGAGGGAGAAGUUUACCACACCGAGGAGAUACGGAAUGAAGCUGAAUCCAGCCAAGUGUUCGUUUGGCGUGAAUUUGGGGAAGUUUCUAGGCUACAUAGUGACCAAAAAAGGAAUCAAGGUGAAUCCAGAAAAAGUUCGGGUUGUGUUGGAGAUGCGUUUACCGAAGAACGUGAAAGAGAUGAGGCUCAGAAGGCGUUCGAGGAGCUACAUGUCGUUUUGUAUGUUUUCGAUUGGUGUAGUAGCAGUGAGUUCAAUCCUGUUGAAGGAAGAAGGCAUGGUGCAGUACCAAAUCUAUUAUGUUAGUCGAGUAAUACAGAGAGCGAAAUUGAGGUACUCAGAGAUCGAGAAGGGUGCGUUGGUCAUGGUCGUAACUGUAAAGAAGCUGAGGCCAUAUUUUCUAACUCACAGAGUGAAAGUUAGGACGAACACGCAAUUGGGGGAGACACUUCGUCGACCUUCUGUGUCAGGUCGAAUGGUGAAAUGGGCAAUUGAGCUGAACGAAUAUUCUUUGACCUAUGAGCCUCGGAAGACAAUUAAGACCCAUGUUCUAGCAAAUUUUAUUCAGGAAGGCAGUGGGAUCGAGGUCGAAGCAGAAGGAAAGUGGAAAAUAUAUGUGGAUGGUUUGGUCUCCAAGGGGGUAUCGAACAAUGAGGCUGAGUACGAGGCCUUGUUGAAAGGAUUGCAGCUGGCACUGGAGUUAAGACAUGGGAACUUAAAAUACAUUAAAAGAUUUUUCAAGCAAGGUGGAAUCCUUCACAAAAAGUCGUAUUCAUGGCCACAUUUGAGGUGUGUGACCGAAGAAGAAAGAAAUUACAUGUUGAAGGAGGUUCACGAAGGAUGCUGUAACAACCACAGUAAGAAGCACGGACCACUUAUUCAUCAGCCAGCGGAGAUGAUGACCACGAUUAGCGCCCCAAUUCUAUUUGCUCAGUGGAACCUUGACCUGGUAGGACUUAUGCCACAAGGUUCGGGUCAGAGGAAGUUCUUGAUCGUGUUUGUGGACUAUUUCAUGAAAUGUGUCAAGGUCAAACCAUUGGCCGAGAUCACGGAGGAUAAAGUGGUGCACUUUUUGUGUAAUAAUAUUUGUUGA